GCAGCGCCGACAACAGCUUUACCCACCACUGGGGCUCCUACAACUGUGUCACCUACCACUGCAGCGCCCACAACACUCUCUCCUACCACAAAAACAAUGUCGACUGCAGCACCUACGACAGUUGCACCUACAACUGCUGCCUCUGCAGCAGCCAUACAAACCACUUCAGAACCUACAACUGCUUCACCAACAACUGCUACACCUACUACUGCAGCACACACAACAUUUGCACCUACUACUUCAGCACCUACAACUGCUGCAUCCACUGCUGCCGCUCCAACUACUGAGUCACCUACCACUGCAGUGCCCACAACACUUGCUCAAAUAACAGAAGCAGCAACAACUGCAGCACCUUCAACAGUUGAACCAACAACUUCUGCCUCCGCAACAGCCGUGCAUACGACUGAAACACCGACAGCUGCUUCAACAACAACUGCCGCCCCGACUACUGCAGUACCUACGACUGCUGCACCUACAGCUGAGGCUACUACCAUUGCACCAACAACUACAUUGCAAACAACGCCUGGGCCAACGACUCAUGCAACGCCUACAACUGCUUCACCCACCACUGUGGCUCGUUCAACUGUCGCACCUACAACACAAACACCAACGACAGCAACACCUGCAACACUUGCACCUUCAACUGCUGCUCCUACAACUGUAGCACCCACAACACCUGCACCUACGACUGCCUCACCUACAAGUGUGGCACCUACAACUGUUGCUACUACCAUUGCACCGACAACUUCGGGGCAAUCAACCCCUGGGCCAACUACUGCAGCGCCUACAACUGCUUCACCCACUACUGUGGCUCAUUCAACUGUCGCACCUACAACUGUAGCACCCACAACUGUAGCACACACAACACCUGCACCUACGACAGUAGCACCUACAACACCUGCUCAACCAACACAAACACAGACGACUGCAGUAACUACAACACCUGCACCUACAACUGAUUCACCUACAACUGCAGCUACUACUUCCGCACCUACGACUACAGUUCCUAGAACAACUGGGCCGACUACUGCAGCGCCGACAACUGCUUCACCCACUACUGGGGCUCCGACAACUGCGUCACCCACCACUGCAGUGCCCACAACACUUGCUCAAACAACAGAAUCAGCAACAACUCUAGCACCUUCAACAGUUGAACCAACAACUUCUGCCUCCGCAACAGCCGUGCAUACGACUGAAACACCGACAGCCGCUUCAACAACAACUGCCGCCCCUACGACUGCUGCACCUACAAGUGUCGCACCUACAACUGAGGCUACUACCAUUGCACCAUCAACUACAGUGCAAACAACGCCUGGGCCGACUACAGCAAUGCCUACAACUGCUUCACCCACUACUCAUUGCACCAACAACUUCGGUACAAUCAACGCCUGGGCCGACUACUGCAACGCCUACAACUGCUUCACCCACUACUGUGGCUCAUUCAACUGCCGCACCUACGACUGCUGCACCUACAACAACUGCUCCAACAACACAAACACCAACGACAGCAACACAUACAACAGCUGCACCUUCAACUGCUGCCCCUACAACUGUAGCACCCACAACACCUGCACCUACAACAGCAGCACCUACGACACCUGCUCCAACAACACAAAUACAGACGACUGCAUUAACUACAACACCUACACCUACAACCGAUUCACCUACAACUGCAGCUACUACUUUCGCACCUACAACUACAGCUACUACCAUUGCACCAACAACUACAUUGCAAACAACGCCUGGGCCAACGACUCAUGCAACGCCUACAACUGCUUCACCCACCACUGUGGCUCGUUCAACUGUCGCACCUACAACACAAACACCAACGACAGCAACACCUGCAACACUUGCACCUUCAACUGCUGCCCCUACAACUGUAGCACCCACAACACCUGCACCUACGACUGCCUCACCUACAAGUGUGGCACCUACAACUGUUGCUACUACCAUUGCACCGACAACUUCGGGCAUUGCACCAACAACUUCGGUACAAUCAACGCCUGGGCCGACUACUGCAACGCCUACAACUGCUUCACCCACUACUGUGGCUCAUUCAACUGCCGCACCUACGACUGCUGCACCUACAACAACUGCUCCAACAACACAAACACCAACGACAGCCACACAUACAACAGCUGCACCUUCAACUGCUGCCCCUACAACUGUAGCACCCAUAACACCUGCACCUACAACAGCAGCACCUACGACACCUGCUCCAACAACACAAAUACAGACGACUGCAUUAACUACAACACCUGCACCUACAACCGAUUCACCUACAACUGCAGCUUACUACUUCCGCACCUACAACUACACGCCCACAACACUCUCUCCUACCACAAAAACAAUGUCGACUGCAGCACCUACGACAGUUGCACCUACAACUGCUGCCUCUGCAGCAGCCAUACAAACCACUUCAGAACCUACAACUGCUUCACCAACAACUGCUACACCUACUACUGCAGAACCCACAACAUUUGCACCGACUACUUCAGCACCUACAACUGCUGCAUCCACUGCCGCCGCUCCAACUACUGA